AUGAAGAUCAUCAUUGUCGGCUGCGGCCUAGGUGGCCUUGCUUGCGCAAUAGCUUGUCACAGGGAAGGCUUACAGGUUCUUUUGCUGGAGCGGGCGCCAUCCAUUCUGCCAGUUGGAGCAGGAAUCCAGAUCCCACCGAAUGCGACAAGGAUUAUGCAGCAUUUUGGUCUUGAAGACCGCCUUCGCCAGCGUGGAGCUGUGCGUAUUCACUCACGCAAUCUUCUACGAUAUUCAGAUGGGCACACCUUGUGUAACCGACCUGGUCUAGAUGAUAUGGUCAAUGAUUUUGGAGCAUCCUACUACGUUAUACACCGCGCCGACUAUCAGGAACUUCUGCUAGAAGAAGCUGUAAGGAUAGGUGUGGACUUCCGCCCAAAUUCCGAAGUCUCGCAGAUUAUAUUCGACGAGAGUCCUAAGGUUGUGCUAAGAACCGGAGAUGAAAUUACCGCCGACGUGAUUGUAGGAGCGGAUGUUAAGCUUCCAAGUUUGUGGUCGACAACACGGGACCAGAUCCUGGGUCGGUCGAGUCCUCCUCAAGAAACCGGUGACCUUGCAUUUAGAGGGACUUUCCCUCUUGCAAGGUUAGAAAAAAUAGAAGAUGAUGGCAUUCGAGACCUCAUCACAUCCCAAAAGGCGUGCCUGUGGAUGGGUCCAGACAAACAUUGCUCGUUUUAUCCUGUUCGAAACGGACAGGAAUUUAACUUGGUCCUGUUGACUCCUGACGAUCUUUCAGAAGGCAUUAGAACGUCUCAGGGCAGCAUUAAUGAACUGAGAUAUAUGUUCGAAGGAUGGGACCCUACGUUGCUGCAGCUGAUAUCAUGUAUGAACGACAGUUUACUGAAAUGGAAACUUUGUCAUCAUACUGAGUUAGAAAGUUGGGUCAAAGGAAGCGUAGUAUUGCUCGGCGAUGCCUGUCAUCCAUCUCUCCCAUACCAGGCUCAAGGAGCGGCAAUGGCGGUUGAAGACGGUGCGGUCCUAGGCCUCUUGCUGGGGAAAUUUUCAAGAUUGAACAAACAAUCUGCUAAUAGUACGGCGAAUGUUCACUCUCUUCUCAAACUGUACGAAUCCAUUAGAAAGUCGCGGACGACCACCAAUGUCCUCGGAUCUAUACGCAAUCGAGAAAUGUUUCACAUGCACGACGGCAUUGAUCAGCGAAAGAGGGACGAAGAACUCUCGCGUGUGGACUGGAAGACACCAUGCCCGUGGCAGUGGGGAGAUAUUGGCUAUCAGAAUGAACUGAUGGGGUUUGAUGCUGUAAAACAUGCCAACGUUGCGUUCGAGAAAUGGACAGAGAAAUUGUCUGGCGAUAUGAUGUGA